AUGAAUCUCAAAUCGCUAACGGUUUUGGCACUGGCUGCCGCCACAAACGCGGAGCUCCAGAUAGGAGUCACCCACAGAGUGCCACCGGAAGAGUGCACACAGAAAACCGCGCCUGGCGACGUCGUCAAGAUGCACUACACGGGGAGGCUGUUCGACACGCAGGAGGUGUUCGACUCGUCCGUCGAGCGCGACCAGCCACUCAAGUUCACGCUCGGCGUUGGGCACGUGAUCAAGGGCUGGGACCAGGGACUCAUGGACAUCCGUGAUUCCGCCGGACGCCACUCUGGUGUUUGA